AUGGAUAAUGAAAUUGGAACUGUGAUGGACUAUGAAAGUUUAUACCCGUCUAUAAAAAUUGAAUCAUGCAGGUUAGCACUUUUAGAUUUCAUGCGCAGCAAGAACCCAGAAUUGGCAUGUUACAAUAAUGAAUUAACAGAAAUAGCUAACCUUAUUUGUUAUGAAUCGUUUUUCACCUUUAACGGCCAUCAAUAUAGACAAAAAAGAGGAGUCCCUAUGGGAAGUCCCAUGUCGGGACUGUUGUGUGAGCUUGUAUUAAGAAGAUUGGAAAAAAGCGCUCUUUCUGUAUUCUUAAAUGACAUUGUUUACUUUAAAAGAUACGUUGACGAUGUCUUUGUAAUUUGGAAGAAUGACAAAAAAAUCGAUGAUUUUAUUAGCAUGAUCAAUAACAACGAUGAUGGCCUCAUGCUGAAGAUUGAACAAAAAAAUGCUUCACAGAUACAUUUUUUGGAUAUUGACGUUGAGUUCAAAGAAGGGCACUUGGCCACUAAGGUAUACGUAAAACCGACGCAUAGCCCUCUGUACAUUCCGUCCCACUCUAAUGAUCCUUACCAGUACAAAGUGGCUGCCUUCCGUGCCCUUAUCCAAAGGGCCUUUCUCUAUUGCAGUAGUGUGUUGGAUAGGCAACAGGAAAUUAAUAGAGUAUUAAAUAUUGCCAGAUCGCUAGGGUACAGGAGAGAUAUGAUAAUAACAUUGGUAAAAAAAUACAAAGUAAACAAAACUAAGGCUCAAAAAUGCGAUUUCGGCAAAAUUACAAAAUUCACGUAUGAUAAAAAGAGAAAAGACAUCAUGAAGGAAAUCGCGGUCCGCAAAAAAUCCAAGUUAAUUUUCAAGAGGGCUCCUAACCUGUAUAAAUUAUUAAGGAAUGACAAAGACAGAGUAGAUAAAGAAAAAAGAGCUGGAGUAUACAGGAUUCCUUAUGAAAAUCGUGAAUUGGACAUCAAUAAAAAUUAUAUUGGUGUCACUAAUAGAAGUUUAGGAGUCAGAAUAAAAGAGCAUAAGUAUAACAUCAGCAAGGGAUCUAGUGCCACUAUACUAUCGCAAAUGGCGCAAGUUGAAGGCUCAAUCGUCAAAUGGGACGAAGCAGAAAUUAUUAAAUCGGUACAUUCACCGACAUUGGCGAAUUGCGCAGAAAAAAUUGAAAUAUAUAAAAGCAAAUUGCAUGAUUCAUGCAUCAAUUCUAGAGAUUCUGAAGGGUUGCCUUCGGCCUGGAAAUACUUUAUCAAACGAUUGGACAAAUCUUAA